UCUUGUUUUGCCAACUUCGAGUUAAAUUUAAAAAGCAAAAUUUGUAAAAAUGAUAUUUGUGUUUCAUUGUUUGAACUUGUUAAUAUACCGGCUAUUUAAGAACAUAGUAAGGCUCAAAAAAUUAGAUGUAUCGUUAACGGCUGGCGAGUACGAAGUGGAGUAUGAGUUAAAAUUCGAUCCUCCUGUUUUUAAGCAAAGAUACGAGAAAGUUUACCACAUAUUGAUAGACGAACGGUGGAGGACCAAGAUUAGAAAACUUGUAGAUUUUGGUUGUGCCGAAUUCGGUAUGUUUAUAUUUCUCAGGAGUCUCAGUAUUGAAGAAAUGUUCCUGAUUGACAUUGAUGAAGUUUUGCUUGAAGAAAAGGUAUUCAGAAUAGAGCCAAUGAUUAGUGACCAUUUGAUAAGGCGUAACCGCCCCCUGGAAGUGUCGGUAUUCGCAGGCAGUGUUUCAGACCCUGAUUAUAGAUUAAGGAACACAACUGUUGUGACUGCUAUAGAACUAAUUGAACAUCUUUAUCCAGACACUCUAGAUGCCUUCCCCUACAAUGUGUUUUCAUUUAUUGAGCCCAAAAUUGUGAUAGUUUCAACUCCAAAUCAGGAUUUCAAUGUGUUGUUCAAUAAAGUCAAUUUAUUUCGGCACUAUGAUCAUAAGUUUGAGUGGAGUCGUCAACAAUUUGAAGACUGGGCUCAAAAUAUAGUCCAAAGGUUUCCUGACUAUACAGUAGAAUUCUCUGGAGUAGGCUGGGGCUCCGCAGGUUCUGAACAGCUUGGGGCCUGUUCCCAGGUGGCUGUGUUUGUGCACAAAAGUUUUAUUUGUGAAAAAUACAUAUCUUCCUCCUACACCAGGCAGUGCAUCUGUCUGGCUGACAGUUUUUGUAAAAGUGCCGUGUCUGAAGGAAAACUUCUGUGCAAGUGUGUGUGUCAACUCUGUGUGCCCGAUCAUAGUGUCGGAAUUUGCACUUACUCCAGCCCCGGAUCAUGCAGCGGUAAAAUUAAAAAUGUCGAGUACAACCCGUCAUUUAAUAUUUACUAUAAGAUGGUGCAGAAAAUUGUUUACCCUUAUGAAAUAGAUGGCAAAAGCGACGAAGAAAGAUUACUGGACACUCUCAACUAUAGGAUACAUACUUUCGGUUCUCUCAACAGUAGAUUUUAUAUAGAGGAACGGGCUAGAUGUGAAAUCCCGGUAAUGGAUAUUAUGUAUGGAAAUAUAGACAUAUCAGAGCAUGAAACAUGCACACUGUUAAUAAAAUCCGGUUACACCAUAGAAAAAUGUCUUAUACAAGAAACUCAGCUUAGCGAGAACUGCAUCAUUUGGGUGCCUCAAGAAAUGGAAAACUUUAGUGGAACGUCGGAAACUUCAAGUUAUAGUAGCGAGUGUGCACCCAGCGUUAGGACCGAGUCCAAUAAAAACUGCAAACCCAUGUCAGAUUGGGACGAAGUUCGCGUGGACGAAAAGAGUGAGUGGGCAAGUUACAAAGACAUGAAAGCAACGGAACCGCCACUUCAAACUCAAAAUAAACCCCACUCAGAUUCCUUGUUGGACUCUGGUUAUCAAAAAUCGCCUUCGCCGCAAGACGACAGUCCCCAGUGGCUUCUCGAGGAUUUAGAGGAAGUUGACCACUUUGAUGAUGGUAAAACUACCCCAAAUUUUGCUAGCAGUGAUAACAGGGUCCACUUGAAGAGACCAAUAAAGGAUAAACGCCUAUCAGCAGAGGCACACAGCGUCAAAUCGGAAGCGGUGAGAAUUGAUGACGCGGACAAACUUUUCGCUGCGAAAACCGUUUCGUACGGAGUGUUAAAGGCGUUAAAAAAACCGCCCGAUUUUGCGAUCGCGGGCCCGUCGACUUCUCCGAAAAAGAAGAAGGUCAAGUUGAAGUGUGAAGAUAGCAUCGAGGAAGACGCCAAAAGCAUUGCCAACUGUAUAGUACAAAACAGUUUGAAUAAGAUCGAUGUUGAGGACCCAGCUGAGUUGAUCCAUUACUUGGGGAUCAUCGAGGAAAGGCCAGUGGCCAAUCCUGAGCGUGCGGAAGAGCCUCAGUUAGUCGAAAACGGCGACUUGGCGAACAAUAAUAGGGACGAUGAGGGUAAUAAUUUUGCCGGCGAAAUUCGAGUAGCAGAAGGGGCGGAUCAUAUAAACGACAACGUGGACGAGCCAGUCGUGCCUUUGCAGGACAACGGCGCCGGUUUUGAAGACAAUAAUGAUAACUUUCGCGAUGACGAUGUAGCUGUGCCUGUCGCACAGGAUCUUCCGGCAGUGUUGAUUGUCGAAGAACCGUUGGAGCCUGCCAUCGAGCCAGAAGAGGUGGCCAGCGCCAGCAAAGAAGCGUUGUUUGAUCCACUGUCGGAGCGAGAUCUUUUGCAGGAUUUUCAUCAGACACCGCAAGCAGAUGUCCUGCAAGAUGGAGCGACGCAUGAGCCACAAGCAGCUUCAGUUCAAAUCGGUAACUUUCCUGGCUGGCUGUUGCAGAUCUUGGGCGGCUACCACAUAUCGUUGGAGUCUCAGAUUCCAAUGGAGACCCACUUUUAUUGUCAGGGCGAUGGUUUGGGUGUCCAUCCCUCAGUGACCACCCUUGAGGCAAACGGGGACGCGGACGAUGACGAGACGACAGAGUCUUCAAAUAAUACCGCUGAUUUUGCUGAGGUGGAGCCUGGACCUUCGGAUCACGACGCUAGUUCUUUGCCCGAAGAAUCUCUGGGAAAUAGCAGCAUCAAUGAUGAAAGCGACGUUGGGAGAGUCUCGUCACCAUCAGACUCCCAUUUCGGCGGUCCCGACAAAACACAUAACUAUUUUUAAAAUCUGAAUAGUUUAUUGUAAGACUGAAAGUUUUUUACAGCCGAUUAAUAAAACUCCAAAUAUCCAAAGUGUGGAACAAUACUAACUUUAAAAAAGUUUGGUAGUUUAAGUUUAUGUUUCAGUACCUGAGGCCAAGUCCUUAUGAAAAAGUAAUACCAUAACUUCCAUUUUUAUGGAAAUAAAACUAUUUGC